AUGGCAGACCCAAAGCGCAAAGCGUACCUUGUUAGGGCCAGCUUUCACGAGACCGCACCUCCAAACACGAUACCGUUCCCCAAGCAGGCAAACAUGACUGUCGCCGAGAUCCUCGCUUUUUUCCCAAACUGCAUCAACUGCGCCGACGUCAUCUACCGGAUGAUAUCAAACGGCGGCUCACGGAAGGCCAUCCACGCCAUCAUCAACGCCCAUCGCGAUCUUGAGGCCGAGUGGAGUAUCAAUUGCUGUGGGGAAGCCAUGUACAAGACAAUGGAGAAAGCAGGCUACGCUCAAUGGACCGUAAAGAAACACAAUAAUUGGCAUGAGAGCCGUAAAGCGUCGUGGGAUGGGAGCAGACUCGACGUGGGCGUUCUUCGAACAUUUCCAGGCGGACCAGCGGGGACCGUGUCUUUCAGAAAGCUUGCUGAAAGCGUUAGGACGAUGCCAGAAGGCGACGACGCACUGGAUCUGACAAGGAUGGUGCAAUACUGCGUGCAGAACGACGAAGAUGGCUGGAGAUACCCAAACGAUUACGAAGAGCUGCUAGAACUGCUUGGAGGUCCAAAACAGGUGAGAGAGGCGAACACCGAUCGAGCAGUGUUCAGUCGUUGGGAGGACAGGAAGGCCCCGCCGCCCUUACCAAGACCAACACAGCCCCAGCAGAGUAUUGAGGUGUUUGGUGAAUUGAAGAAGUUAAGGAGAAUAAGCAGCGCAGUGAGAAGAAAGACGGAUAAGGUAACAAGAUCAAGAAAUCUGUCACCAGGACUAGGCGGGGUAGUCAAACGCAGAGCUGCGAGGGUUAGUGAGAGGAGAAUUGCAGAGAGUGCCAGCCCAGGAUUCAGAAGCGAGUCGGAGGAGAGCACUGGAACCGGCACAGCAUAUGUACGAGCGCUGCCCGAGUACGUACCGCCACCGCCUGGUGUGACGGUGUCGCCCACCCUAUCGACUCUUACCCGGGCAAUCCGAGCGGAAGACUUCGCUGGCGAUUCGGACCCUUACAGCGCGUACGGCUUCGGAGGCCCGCGGCGCACACCCCCGUUCCGCCACCUCGACCAGAUCGAGCUACCCAGGCCAUGGGACAUCACCGGCUGGGCGGAGAACCUCAGGUGGGCGUUCGAACAGCGGGUUUUGUUUGCGAAGGAACAUCCAGGGGCGGCGAGGUGGAACGAGAGCCCUCAACACAUGGCGUGUAUCGAGCGACAGCGAACGCAACUCGUUUGGGCGUCCGAUGAGCUGCUUACCUUUUUGGAGGGUAUCGAGUAGGAGUGUGAGAUACUAGGACGCGCUGAUUUUCGA